CCUCAUUUUUUUAUCUAUAUAACUUUUUUUCAAUCUUAACCUAAUCAAAAAUGGUUAUAAUGCCGCAUAAAUUAUCUUCUGCAAAAUCAACCAGUUGUUUAUUAUCAUCAAUUGAUAACGGUAUUCAUCAUGUUGUGUCACAUCAAAAUAAAGAUCAUUUGAUCAAUAAUAAUAAUAAUUUAAAUGAUGAUGGUGAUUGUGCAUUGUGUUGUUGGUCACCUAUACCAAGAUCAUCAUCAUCAAUGAUGGAUAUUUGUUGUAAUGGUGAUUCAGCAACCAUAUGUAAUGUGAACAACCAUAACAACGUAUCAAAUCCAAAUAUUUGUUCAUCAUUUAAUUCAACAAAUACAUCGGGUACAUUAUUUAUUGGUAAAUGUCGUAAUGUUCGACUUCGUCGUACUGAUCCAAAUCAAUCAUUAGGAUUUUCAAUUCGUGGUGGUUGGGAACAUGGUAUUGGUUUUUAUGUAUCGGAUGUACAGCCCGAUUCAUUGGCUGCCAAACAAGGCCUUUGUCCUGGUGAUCAAAUAUUUCGGAUAAAUGGUUUCCCAUUAGAUCGUGUCAUUCACGAUGAAGUGGUGGCAUUGAUUCGUAUGUCAGCCAAUGAUCUUACACUUCGUGUUCGUUCAGUAGGUGUUGUACCAUUUAAAGGUCGAGGUCCUGGUGAUAAAUUAUCUUGGAAACGUUUAUGUGCUCAACGUUCAAUGACAAAUAGUUGUAAUGGUGAUAACAACAUUGUCAAUGAUGCUGGUGUUGUUGGAACAAUGAUGGCUCCAACACAUUCAUCAGGAUCAUCAUCUGAAGUUAGUUCAUUCGUUUAUCACCAACAUCAUCAUCAUCAUAAUAAUCAUGCAAACAAUCAUACUCGCCAUCAUUCACAUCAUCCUACACGUCCACGGUCUGCAUCAUCAUUGACCACACCUGCUUCAUCAACGAUAUCAUCCACAUCGGAUGAUCAUUUAUCAAGUUCUGAUGAUCAGUCCGAUCUGUUGAUACAUCCACAGCAAUUAUCAUCACCUUCUUCACAUAAUCAUCAUCAUCGACAAUAUUCACCACCAUUACCAACAUCGAUGCCUCCAAAACCACAAACACUUCCUUCCAAUUCAUCAUCAUCAUCAGGAUCAACAUCACUUUCAUCAAAAUCUAGACCAAUCUAUUGCUCUAACUACAAUGAACAACAUCUUUAUAUUCAAUGUCAUCAACCAGGUUCAUCAUUAGGAUGUUCGGUUGUCAAUGGGCCAACAACAUGUCCAGGAAUAUUUGUUCAACAUGUUAAAGAAGGAAAAUUGGCUCAAAAAUGUGGUCUAGAAAUCGGUGAUCAAAUUGUUCGUGUCAACAAUCUAGAUGUAUCCGUGAUUGGUUUUGAUGGUGCCAUAUCCAUGCUUAAAUCUUUAACGAACAUCAGUCUUUUAGUUCGAAAAGGUGUUGCCCGACAUAUAUUUGAGUGUCGUGAUCAUUACAGUACAAUCAAUACUAAUGUUUCCACAUCUAUUGAUGGAUCAUCAGAACAGCAAGCAACAUUGAACAAGUGCCAUUAUUCAUCACCAACUAAACGUCAACAACAGCAUCAAUACUUUACGCCAACAUCUUGUACAUCGUCGAUUACAUCAAAAUCAUCAAAGUCAAAAUCAAAAUCAGCCAAUGUUUCAAGAAUUUUAACGAAUAAUAAUAAACAACAUAGUUCAAAAAGUAAAGUUUUAUAUAGUGUUCCAUUAGCAAUACCGGUACCACCUCCUGUUCCACCUCCUCCUCCUACUAGCUCAACAUUGGUGUCAGUGAAAAAAGGAAGUAAAAGUCCGACAAAAAGUAGUCCAUCUUCAACUUAUCAAUCACCACAUCAUUACAAAACUCUCGCAGCUGCAUCAACAAAUUCACCAACAUUCGAAUCUUUUCAGGGCAUCGGAAAUGCGUCACCAUCAUCAUCAUCUUCAAAUUAUUGUUCUGCAUAUUCUUCGGUUCAAAUAUCUGCCUCUACUUUUAAUGCUUCAACGGGAUCAUCAUCAUCAUUAUCAUCAUCUCCGUUAAAUUCAUGUGCAAAAAAUCGAUGUUGCUGUGAACGUCAACGUUCCAAGGAUAAACAUCAUCAACAGCAACAUUCAAUUUGUAAUCGGCCAUCGACUUUUUCAUUGGACGGUAAUUCUUAUGCACAUCCUUUACCGCCAUCAUCAUCAUCAUCAGUUGUUCCGGUUUUACCUCCGGCCGUACCGCCUGUAACAUUGUUCACUAAUGUUAAUCAUGUUGAUCAAGUAACAAAUGCUGUAACCAAUUCCAUUCGAAUAUUACAGGAAGUACGAGAAAAAGAGGAAAAACUUGUCGAAGCUUCUCGAAAAUUGAACGAAGAACAUGAAAAACUUUGCAGGGAAAAAGAAAAAUUGGAAAUUGAAAAGAAGGAAUUGUUGUUGAAUAAAGAAAGCAUAUAUCAUUCACAUCAUCAUCAUCAUUCUUCGGCACACCAAAUAGCUGAUGGAAAUCAUCAUCUUCAUCAUAAUAAUGGUAGUCAUCAUUAUCAUCAUCCAAGUCAAUCAUCAUCAUCAUCAUCAUUGUUACAGCAACAUCAUUACAGUACUAUAGGAUCAUCGACAUCGUCAAUAUCAUCUACAUCGCCAAAUUGUCCCUCAUCAUCAGCAUCAUCAUCGAAUGUAAUGAUACAACAGCCACCACGGCCGCCCUCAUCACCGCCAAUGGGCACAAUUAAUUCGGCAAUCAAUGGACAAUGUAUGCCACAAUUUUCAUUUCUUGAAGAAAUUAAAGCUAUGGGUGAGAAUGGUCGGCGAAGACAUUUACGGCCAGUGAAUUCGAUCGAAUCCAAUAAUAAUUCGUCGAUUAUUGAUGAUAAUCAUUUGAAUCAUAAUUCUUCAUCAACGAUGUCGGCUGUGGAUAAAAAUAAACUAUUACGUCGUCCACCUUUUGGCUGUGCAAAAGAUAAUAAUGAUAGUAGCAAUGGCGUUGGAUGUUCAGGUGUUGGUAGUAAGGAUGCUUCGGAUAAUAAAAAACGACAACAUGAACUUCUAAUGGAAGAAUUUAGGAUAGCUCAUCAGAAAAUGUUCGGAGCACAAAAUCGACAACGCUCUAAUCAUAAUCGCUUGAAUGAUCAACAAGGCGAUGGCCAUGAUGAUGAUGGUAAUGAUGAUGAUGGUCAAAAUGCUAAGGAUAAAAAUGAUCAUCAAAAAAAUGUUGAGGAUCAACGUUAUAGAUUAUCAUCCAUCAAUAAUAAUAAUAAUAAUAAUGUUGAAGAUCAUAAAUCAUCUUUGAACUUAUCAAACCAUCAUCAUACUGACGACAAUAUGGUACAAGUUGAAUCAUCAUCGACACCAGCAAUAACGACAUUGUUGAAUGUAUUUCCUAGACGUAAUUUAUCUAACCAAACAACAAUGUCCAAUCAACAUGGGAAACAAAUUCCAUCAUCAUUAUCAUCAUCAUCGUCGACAUUGAAACCAAUAACAUCAACAUCAAUUGAUCGACCAAUUUUGUCCAGUUUUUCGAAAAAUACCAACACAUCUAUAAUCAAUAAUAAUAAUAUUUCUAAAAAUAGAUCUGUUGAAAUGGACCAUUCAAUAUCAUUGUCGGCAACAAAAUUUGUAUUGAAAAAAUCAACAUCAACAUUUGCAUUAUCAUCAUCAUCACCACAAUCAUCACAAUUGUCAUCAUUUAAAACAUCAACUUUCAAUAAAACAUCAAAGACGAUCGAUGAUCAUCAUAAUAAUCAUCGUCCUUUAUCGACAACAACCGGAUCCAAUCUAAAAUCAUCGUCUACAGCAGCAGCAUCAUCUUCAUCGACAACAGCAAAUCGUAUAACGAUCAAAGUUCUUUCACCAAAAAUUACAGCCUAAAUUAUCAUCAUUUUUUUCAAAAUGUAAAA